CUCAAGCUCGUGAACACGCGCACGCUCCUCUGGCGACAGGUGACCAGCGAGGGCCCCAGCAGAGAUGGCACAAUCUGGGCUUUACCAUCACUGGUAUCCAGCUACUGUCAUUCAAGGACCGAGUAUGGAUCAUGUGGCUCUCCACAAUACCACCAACUUGGAGCAUAAACACGGCUUCCGUCCCAUCCUCCCGCACAAGAAACAGUACCUCUUCCACGUCAGCUCAGAGGACGAGCAUAACGAAUGGAUAGCACUUAUCAAUUUCGCCGGGCGCUUCAAGAUUGCCGGCGUACGCAUGCGAUCUGCCGGAAUGACGAUGCACCAGUUGAGGCUCGCCGCGCUCGUAGCAGCGAAGUCUCAUGUGCGCGAAGUGAGAUCGGCAAGUGGUGCCAGUUCGCCCGCCCACCUCAGCAGAGUCAUGUCAGUGGACGAUACCCCUCCGACAGCAUCACCAGGAGAGCUUACACCCGUCGACUCCGGCGGGACGGACAGUGCUACUGCCGUGUCCAACUCACCUUCCUUACCCUCGCUCCCAGAUCCGGCAGACCAACUUUCAGGGAGGAUAAAGCAGAGCUAGCGUCUAUUCGGCACGCAGUAGGCGAGCUUGGUCUUGGGGUGCCUUCUCUCAUCAGGGCAAGACGCAGUCGGGAACGCGAGCGAAGAGUCUCUACAUCUGGCACGCUGAU